CACAGCAGGUCACGCCUUUCGUUACAGCGUAGCUAGCUACUAUGCGACGGCGUUUGCUGAUGAAUGCAGAAGAAGAAAUACGUUUCCCAGAAGCUUUGAGAGAUUGUAUCUUUAAAAUUAUCUGAGUUUUUUGUUGAGACUAAUAAUCUUAGGAAAUUAUUUUAGUACGAGGACGGAGAAUUUGCAAUUUUUUGAUGGUAACCAUCUUCUUCUCUCUGCUUUUCUAGCCUCCUCCAUUUCUUUCUUCUUUCUGCUAAACCCUAGUCUAAAAUGUAUCUUCAUAAUCUUUCAAGCAGCCGCUACGAAUUCUUCUCUGUUAUUUCUUUUGGGUGAAGCCGAUACAAUCUAUGCUCUCUGUUGUAGCCUCCUCUGUUUGAUUACAAAGACCUUUUUUUCUUCCCACAAGAUUAUCCAGCUGCUAUGUCGGAUUAUUUCCCUGAGGAAGUCGUGAUUGAGAUUCUCUCAAGGCUUCCGACCAAAUCCCUGGUAAGGUUUCUCUUGGUUUCCAAAUCAUGGCAGUCUUUGAUUUCUAGCCCUAAUUUUAUCGCUGCCCAUCUCAACCAUGUCCGUCAGUCUAAAAUCCCAAAUAGUUCCUCACUUUCCCUCGUUAGACUCUAUAAUAUCUUUUGCAAUAAAGAGAAUUAUGCACUAUAUUCAGAGGCGGGUGUUGAUGGAGGUUCUGGCCGGAAUAGCAAGCUUUGUUUCCCGGUGAAAUUAGAGUAUGGGAUUUUGAGAAUGGUUGGUACUUGCGAUGGGUUACUUUACUUAUCUGAUAAUCACCAUCGAGAAAACAACUAUAUAUGGAACCCUAGUAUUCGGAGAUACGUAAAAUUGCCACCACCCACAAAUCCUCCAUCCAAUUUUACAUCUGUUACUGGGUUUGGAUCUGAUUGUCGUGGCGAUUAUAAGGUGGUGAGGGUUGUGUACUGCGAAGGAGAUGGCGGAGAUUUAACUCUACCCCCUGAGGUGGAAGUCUAUAGUCUUAGUACUGGAUUUUGGAGGAGGCUCUUGAAUGUUGAGAUUGAUGCUUUCAUUUCUUUUGCUGGUACCACACAUGCACCUUUGAAUGGUGCCUGGCACUGGAUUUCGUAUUCUCCUCAUAGGGCUGCUGACGGUGGUUGCCUCUGUUUGAUAUUGAGGUUUGACAUUGCGAACGAAUUGUUCAGUGAGAUCAUGCUACCUGAUGAGUUGUCUCUUGUGAAUUGUUUGAAUUUAGUUGUGAAUGUUUAUAUGGGUCAGCUUUGUGUGACUGCGAAUCACGUAAGGGGUUAUGAGUACAUUUGGGUGAUGAAACAAUAUGGAGUUAAGGAGUCAUGGACGAGGUUGUUCACUAUCGACCUAGCAAAAUGUGCUGGAGGAUUCGUGGGUUUUAGGAAAAAUGACAUUGUUGCAUUUACAAACCAGGGACAUGGGCUGGUUACUUUUGAUCCCCAAACUGGUAAGUCUAGAGAUCUUGCAAUCUAUAAUGGGGUCGCUAGACCAUUGGAUAUUGAUGACUUUGAAGAGACACUGGUUUUGCUUGGAAGGCAAAAUGCAAAUGUUGAGGAAGUGAUCAAAGAGUUUGUUGAUGACCUUGAGGAAGAUGGUCCGACCAAUGAGCAGGAAAUUAUGCUGGUUAACAUGCUUUCUACUCUUAUGAACGGUUUGAGGGGAUUCAAUUAGCAUACAUCACGGCAACCUCUACUAUGGCUCUUCUCAUUUUGGCAUGUUUUGCCAGAGAGGAGUGGCUGAUUAAAGCAGUCUUGUAUUCUAUCUACUAGUUGGUAUAAUUGUUCCUUUGCGGUUUUAUUGGUUCCAUUGCUAGACUUCAUCUACAUUGUGGUGAUUAUCAGAUGUGAAAGCUUAAGGAGUAGUUAGCGAAGGAUUCAUUUUCUUGAGACUUUUGAUGAGGUUGUUUACUGUUAGUUGUUUAGACAUCAUAACCGUAGUCUUUCUUCAUUAUGGGCUGUAUGACAGCAAGUAGUUUCUAUUUGCUAAAAAUGGUUUGAGAAAUUAUGGAUUUGAUGCUUUUGUAGUGCUUUUGUAGUGUUCUUCAAGUUGAAAAGCUUGAAGCCUUAAAGCUUGCUUCCAGCUUAGUAGUACUGUUAAUGUUGGAUUUCUAUUUUCUUGAACUAAAGUAAUUGCUUCGUAAA